CACUUAUUACACACUGCAAAUCCAUGACUUCUUAGGGCGGUCGGGUCGUUGGAUCUUUGUCGGAAAAAUAAACAAUUUCACCCAUCUGUUCUUCCUCAAAUUUCAGGAAUUUUGUCUCGCCGCCAGCUACCAACCAAUGCCAAUGUUGGGCUAAAUUCAGGAUUCAAUGAAACUAAAUCUAAAUCUUCAUCAAAAGUAAACCCAAGGUCUUCUACUGUACUAUGUAUAUUGUUAAUGUUGGGUGUAACUGCAUCAUUAACUAGGCUUAGACGUAUUUGUUCUUAGUUCUUUCCUUUAUCUUCAGCUCUCUUGUUCAAUGUCUUCUCUUGCUUUGUUUUUUCUUGUCCUUAAUUUGGUUCUUCAAGUUUUGAUUUCUGUGUCCGCAAAUGAAUUUGUCUACAAUAGGAACUUCAAUUCCUCUAACGUGAAACUCUAUGGGAAUGCCACCAUACAGAACUCAAUUCUCACUCUCACAAACAAAACUUUCUUCUCCAUAGGACGUGCCUUUUACCCUCAGAAAAUUAAAACCAAGCCAUCCAACUCUUCCACUGUUCUUCCCUUUGCAACUUCCUUCAUCUUCUCUGUUUCCCCUUGUGAGAACUUCCCUAUUGCUCAUGGUUUUGCUUUUCUUUUCGCUCCGGUGAUGGCCGUAAAUGGAGCUCUCUCGGGGAACUACUUGGGCUUGUUUAACCGCUCUACUUCAGGUAACUCCUCCAACCAUGUUUUUGCGGUUGAGUUUGAUGAUUUUAGGAACGAGGAGUUCAAUGAGGAGAAUGAUAAUCAUGUGGGCGUGGACUUGAAUUCGAUUAUUUCGGAGUAUUCUGAGCCUGCUGGGUUCUGGGGUGGGAGAGAGGGCGAGGAAUGGGAGGAUUUGAAACUGGCUGAUGGUAGAAAUUAUCAGGUUUGGAUUGAGUUUGAGGAUUCGGUGAUUAAUGUUACUAUGGCACCGGCAGGGAAAAAGAAGCCUCUCAGGCCUUUGAUUAGUAAACCGAUUAACCUUUCUUGGGUCUUGUUGGAUGAAAUGUAUAUGGGGUUUUCUGGAGCAACAGGGAGAAUGGUGGACUAUUGUAGAAUCUUGGCUUGGAGUUUUAGCAAUUCCAACUUUUCAAUUGGUGAUGCUUUGAACACCAAGCAUUUACCCGUGUAUGUGCAUCCAAAAACGUCGCUGUUCAGAUCAAAUGGUUUCAUUAUAGGUGUAACUUUCGGGGCAUUUUUUAUGGGGGGUUUCUGUGCUUUGGUGUUUUAUUAUAGUUUGUUCAAAACCAGAAGGGAAGAGAAACAGGAAAGUUUUGAAGACUGGGAAUUGGAGUAUUGGCCACACAGGAUUAGCUAUCAGGAGAUCUGUGAUGCAACAAGUGGAUUCUCUGAAGAGAAAGUGAUUGGGAUUGGAACAAGUGGGAAAGUAUACAAGGGAGUUUUGAAGGGAGUAGUAGUUGCAGUGAAGAGCAUCAAUCACGAGACACAGCAUGGAAUGAGAGAGUUUCUGGCAGAGAUUUCAAGUCUUGGCAGAAUGAAGCACAGGAAUUUAGUGGGUUUCAGAGGUUGGAGCAAAAGAAAAGGAGGAAAACUUAUACUGGUUUAUGAUUACAUGGAGAAUGAGAGCUUGGACAAAAGGAUCUUUGAGUGUGAAGAGGAAAUGCUGCUGAGCUGGGAAGAAAGAAUUAGAGUUUUGCAAAAUGUAGCUGAUGGGAUUUUAUACCUACAUGAGGGUUGGGAAGUUGAGGUCUUGCAUAGGGACAUCAAAGCUUGUAAUGUACUACUUGACAAGGACAUGAAUGCUAGAUUGGGGGAUUUUGGGCUUGCAAGGCUGCAUCGCCAGGAACAUGUGGCUGACACAACAAGAGUAAUAGGGACUCUGGGGUACAUGGCACCGGAACUAGUUCGAAUUGGGCGACCCACAGCUGCGUGUGAUGUGUUUAGCUUUGGAGUAUUGAUUCUAGAAGUGGUGUGCGGGAGAAGACCCGUCAUAGCAGAUCAGCCACCAUUGGUUGAUUGGGUAGUUUCCCUUAUGGAGAAAGGGGAGUUGAGUUGUGCUAUUGAUGAGCGUCUGAAGGGUCAAAUUGGUUAUAAUUCUGAAGAAGCUGAGAGGAUGCUUCAUUUGGGUUUGUUAUGUGUAGGUACUGACCCUGUUACUAGGCCAACAAUGAGACAAGUGGUGAAAACAUUGGAGGGAAUAAAAUGCACUGUGUGCAAUAAAGAGUGCAUCCAUUUGGGUCUGCUUGGAAAAAUAAACUCAGCAGCAUCAUGGUCUAAAAGUUCUACAAGUUCUUCCUAUGUAAACUAUCCUACCUUUGAUGAGAUUUUACAGACCAAGUUUUAUUCUACUGCAUCUUUAAGCGUCUCUUAUCCCAGCCCACAGCCACAGUCAGAGUUUGUCUCAGAAGGAAGUCUUACAAAGCACACCCAAAUAUACCAUGUAGGACCAAGCACAUCCAAGUAUCCCAUAUAUGCAGGACAAGUAUUUAAGACCAGGCACACCCAAGUAUCUCGUGUAUGCAGGACAAAUAUCCAAGACCAAGCACACCGACUUAUCUCAUGCGUGUAAGACAAAUAUCAAGACUAAGACUGGUUUGGGAUUGGUGAUUAUUGACUGUAUUGCUGAGAUGAUGAUGGUAUCAAUCUAACACCAAUUUAAUAUAAAUUAGUUGAAAAUAACUUAUAAAAUAUUGUAACAAUACUUCAACAAAUAUUCACUUUCUUAUAAAUACUUGUAAGAUAUUUUUCAACCAUACACGUCUGGAUCACCUUAGUGGUCCGUCUCCUAAGAAAUAAAUGCAAAUUUCCAUGACACGUUGAAUUGACGAUAAAUAACAAUAACCUGCGUGGGCCGUAACCAAGCUAGCUUUCCUCUUGCUUUUGAAGGGUUAAGCAGAGCCGAAGACUCACAUAUAUAUGUAGCAGCCAAGUUCAAUUGGGCAAAGUUUUCCUUCUAUUUUCAGUCCCUUGCCAAUGUCUCCAUUGAAGCUCCUUGUUAUUCUUCUUCACACUGCAACCACUUUGUGUUCAGUUUCCACUACCGAAUUUGUCUAUAACACAAACUUCAACUCCACAAACAUCAUUCUAUAUGGAAAUGCUUCUGUACAAACAUCCAUUCUCACUCUCACAAAUUCGAGUUUCUUUUCCAUAGGCCGUGCUUUUUACCCUCACAAAAUACCUACCAAAAAAGCCAACUCCCCCACUUUACUCCCCUUUGCAACCUCCUUCAUUUUCUCAAUUGCUCCCAUCAAAAACUUUAUCACUGGCCAUGGCUUUGUCUUCCUAUUCACACCAUCAAGAGGUGUAAAUGGUACCACUGCAGCAGAGUAUAUCGGUCUUUUCAAUCUUACCAACGAAGGCAAUCCUCAGAACCAUGUUUUUGGAGUUGAGUUUGAUAUAGUACAAAAUGUAGAGGAAUUCAAUGAUAUUAGUGAUAAUCAUGUCGGUGUUAACAUAAACUCGCUUCGCUCUUUGACUUCGCAUGAAGCUGGUUAUUGGGGAGGAAAAGGUGACAAAAAGUUUAAGGUGUUGGAGCUAAAAAAUGGAGAGAACUAUCAGGUAUGGAUUGAAUUUAUGCACUCUCAACUUAACGUUACUAUAACUCGGGCAGGAAGAAAGAAGCCCAGAGUGCCUCUUAUCAGUAGUAAUGUAAGCCUUUCAGGGGUUCUAAUGGAUGAAACAUAUGUUGGAUUCACUGCAUCAACAGGGAAGAUAGUAGACAGUACUAGGAUUCUUGCUUGGAGUUUUAGUAAUUCAAAUUUUUCAAUAGGUGAUGCUUUGGUGACAGAAAAUCUGCCUUCAUUUGUACAUCAUAAAAGGUGGUUUUCUGAAGGGCGAGUUUUGGCUGCAGGUGUGAGCA